AAUUUUCAACCGACAAAUAAACAGCAGAGUUGCAGAAUCCAGAAGCAACAUGAUAAAUACUAGAGCAUGUAGGAUUUCUGAGACAGUUGUUCAGUUAAUUAGCUCCGAAGCAUUUUUGUUGUGUCAUGAUUAAUCAUACCAACAAAAUGAAAAUGCUAGAGAGGCAACUAAGUGUUGUGAUGACACUGCUUUGUUGUGUUCAUUUUCAUGUCCAAAGUUCUAAUCAUGUUGAAGAUGGAAUCAGAAGAUCUCACUUCCCUGAAGGGUUCUUAUUCGGAACGGCCACUUCCUCUUACCAGAUUGAAGGAGCACCUCUUGAAGAUGGUAAAGGUUCAAGUAACUGGGAUGCUUUUAGUCACACCCCAGGUAAGAUAGAAAAUGAUGAGAAUGGUGACAUUGCAGAUGAUCAUUAUCAUCGCUAUUUGGAAGACAUUGAAUUGAUGUCUUCUCUCGGUGUAAAUGUAUAUCGGUUUUCUAUUUCGUGGACGAGGAUCCUACCAAGAGGGAUAUAUGGGGACAUAAAUCCAAGUGGAAUAAUGUUCUACAACAAGAUUAUAGACAAUCUGCUGCUUAGAGGGAUUGAGCCAUUUGUGACAAUUCAUCACCAUGAUUUGCCACUAGAACUGGGAAAAAGAUAUGGUGGUUGGACUAGUCCCCUAAUACAGAGAGAUUUUGUUCAUUUUGCUGAAAUUUGUUUUAAGAGCUUUGGAGACAGGGUUAAGUACUGGACUACCAUCAAUGAGCCUAGCCUGGUUGUAGACUUGGCUUAUAUGAGAGGAAUAUUUCCCCCUGGUCACUGUUCACCACCUUUUGGAAAUUGUUAUACUGGUAACUCUGAUGUUGAGCCUCUCAUUGUCAUGCACAAUAUGUUACUGUCACAUGCCAAGGCUGUUGAGUUAUACCGCAAGCACUUUCAGGCAAAGCAAGGUGGAAGUAUUGGCAUUGUUGCACAUGCCUUCAUGUAUGAACCACUUAGAGAUGAAGAAUGUGAUAGACAAGCUGUGAAUAGGGCCUUGGCUUUUGUCAUAGCCUGGGUCUUAGAUCCCUUGGUUUUUGGAGAGUACCCUGAUGAGAUGCACUCUAUUCUUGGGAGGCAGUUGCCAAGAUUCUCUCUGAAGGAGAAGAGUCUGAUAAAAGGAAGCCUAGACUUCAUUGGCAUCAAUCACUAUGGAACUCUCUAUGCCAAGGACUGCUCCCUUUCUGCUUGUCCUUUAGGAACAGAUCGUCCAAUAAGAGGCUAUGUGGAAACAACUGGAACAAGAGAUGGCAUUCCAAUUGGUGAUGAGCAGACGGGAAUGCCGAAGUUCUUUGUGGUUCCAAGUGGCAUGGAGAAGAUUGUAGACUACAUGAAGACAAGAUACCAUAAUAUGCCCAUGUAUAUUACAGAAAAUGGUGAGUGAACAUAUUGAUUAAAUAAUGACAAAUUUAUUUUCUUUUCAUUUCUUUUACA